AUGAAAACCCUCCGGGUUGCUGUCAUCGGGGCUGGCGUGGUGGGGUUCUCCACUGCUGUCUGCAUAGCCGAGGCUCUUCCUUUGUGCUCCGUCACACUGGUGGCUGACAAGUUCAGCCCGGACACCACCAGUGACGGAGCCGCUGGCAUUCUGUUCGCCGCCGAAUUUCCAGAUAUUUCUUUGGAAAGACAAAAACACUGGUUCAGGGACAGCUUUGAUCACCUGAUGGCCAUCGCUUGCUCUCCAAGCGCUCCAGAGGCUGGAGUGAUGCUGAGCUCGGGCUGGCAGAUCUUUAAAGAGGUUCCUGCUAAUAAGAGGCCCUUCUGGUCAGACUAUGUGAUCGGCUUCAGAACGAUGACCGACAGUGAACUGAAACGCUUUCCGGAUCACAGGUUUGGCCAGGCCUUCACCACCAUAAAGUGUGAAUGCUCCUCCUACCUGCCCUGGCUCGAGAAGAGGUUCAGGACAGCUGGGGGCCGGGUGGAGCAGAGGACAGUCGCCAGUCUUCAGGAAUUAGGUUCCAGCUUUGAUCUCAUCGUUAACUGCUCUGGUCUGGGCUCGAAAACCUUGGUGGGCGACGCCCAGGUGUACCCGGUCAGAGGCCAGGUGCUCAAAGUGGAAGCCCCCUGGUUACAGCACUUCAUCCGGGACGGAGACGGGAAGACCUACAUCUACCCCGGCAUGCACAGCGUGACCGUGGGCGGGACCCGGCAGGAGGGAGACUGGAGGCUGCAGGUGGACCAGGGAGACACGGAAAGCAUUCUGGAGCGCUGCGGCCGGCUGGAGCCGUCCCUGAGCAAAGCCAAAGUGCUCGGCGAGUGGGUGGGUCUGAGGCCGAGCAGGAGGAACCCCCGAGUGGAGAGGGAGACGGUGCUGCUGCGCGGCCGCCAGGUGCCCGUGGUCCAUAACUACGGGCACGGGGGCUGGGGGGUAACCCUGGCCUGGGGGACGGCCCUGGACGCGCUGGGGCUGGUCAAACAGUGCCUCCACGACAUGCCUCUGCAGGCCAAACUGUGA